AUGUUUGCAACUGUCAAACAAGUGGUGAAGUUGCUGCAGCAACUUACGAAUCUAUUGGAAAAAGUUUCUCCCACUGCUCGCAAGGAUUUGGGCUCUUUUGCUCUGCAGUCCCUUUUGUUUAAAGUUUUCACUUCUAACUGGAUUGAUAAAAGAGAAGCAAUAAUAGAGAGAACUCCAUCAGCUUGUGCGAUGCAAUGGAGCAUAGACCUUGAAAAGGGCCUCCGUUCUAAUAAACCUGGUAAAUCUACCAGAGCCAUACUAGAUAUUGGGCCAAGACUUGAGUGGUGGAGUAAAGAGUCAAAUCUUCAUGCUGCUGAGUACAAAAUAUUCGGCUUAAUUCCUGGGGAAGAUAAGCUAUUUGCAAAUGUUGUCCUUCUUAGGCUUGCGGAUGCUUGCAGGUCAGGAGACAAACAAAUGAAGCUUUGCAUAGUGAAGAUUUUCUUGUCCGAGCUCAAGCAGAGAAGACGAUUGAGGAGCGAGGGGAGAAAAGAUGAGGGAAUCCUUUCAAAGGAUAAUUUAGAUAGAUGUACCGAACUUUUGACUAGAAUAAAGAUAGUAUUCGACUCUGGAAACGAUGAAGAGAGAGCAUUGGCUUUAGCUCUAUUUGGUUGCUGGGCUCAUAUUGCGAAAGAUAGCGCUAAUGUUAGAUACCUCAUACUUUCAAGCUUGGUCUCAACGCAUAUUCUGGAGGCAAAGGCUUCUUUGUUUGCAGGUGGAUGCUUUUCUGAAUUGGCUGAUGACUUUGCUUAUGUAUUUCUGGAGAUGCUUGGAGGUCUGUUGACAUCAUCUGAAACACCAAGGGCUAUAAGGCUAGCAGGAGCACAUGCUUUUGCUAAAAUGCGGUGUUCAAUUUUACUAGCGGAUAAAGCUCAUAAGACUGGCAUGAAGCUUAUCGGAGAAUCUCCAGAGGAAGACUUCUCUAUGGUGAUACUAGUUUCACUUUCCAAAGUUGCUUUUAAAUGGACAUCUCUAAUUCCUAUACAGAUGGAAUUGCUUCUCUCAUUUAUGAAUAAGGAAAGAGGUUUGAGCCUACAAGCUAUGGCAUUAAAAUGUCUUUGUUUCAUUUUAGGCAAAGGAAUGUAUCAGUUCCCUGCCAGUUCAAAUAUGACUCUAAAGUUUCUUGGUCUCAUAAAUCAGUCUGAUUUUCCACCAGCUUUGCAUUUUGAAGCCCUAAGAGCUUUUUGCCAGAUAUUGCCGCCCAACCUAGAUACAAUUCCAUGCACAGAGAUCCUCACUAUUUUCUCCAAGUUCAUACAAAUUGUCGAGUUCAGAAUACUAUCCCCAAUUAUCUCAGAGAGGGUUUUCGGUGUUCAUGUAUUAGCUAGUAUUUUUUACAAACUUUUGGGAACACUGAAAGAUGCAGCAGAUGGAAUUAGUUCAAUUGUUGCAUCUAACAUGAUUACUUUCACAGUCGGACGUGUCUCCCAACUAAUAAAGUUAGUGCUAGAGAAUCCUCAUCCAGACACGGAGGUGGAGCAGGAGAUAAAGAGUUUACUCCUUAUUUUAGUUAAUCUGGUUGAAGAACAUCGAGAUCUCUCUGGUAUUGUACUGGAUAAGAGCUGCAUAGUUAUUGAACAUAUGGUCAGCAUGCUCAAUGAAUUCACCGGCAUGACACAUUCAAGCUCAGAAGAUCACCAUAUAACAGAGCUUGACAGAGAGAACCAUACAUUAAUUACAUCCAGAGUUUGGGUUUAUGUAACCCAACUUCUGAUAACUUGCUUUAAAGUGCUGGAUGUUUCCACUGCUGGUGCCACCCAAGUCUUUAACAGAAUGGAGCACCUGGUUGAGCACGUGCACCAGAAAUUCUGUAUAAAAAAAGAUUAUUGGUCGUCUUAUAAGCUUGGAAAAUAUGCUGCAUGUCGUGGUACAUGGUUGGUAGCUUCCUACAUAUUUAGGGAAUUAAUACCUAUGGUUCAAUCUGAUAUCUGUUGUUCUUGGUUGAAAUCCAUAGCCCGUCUUUCAGAACUGGAAAGGCAAGUCCAGUUGCUUGGGAUUACUCUUUCUGGAAAUACUGCUGGGAAAAUUACGACAGUUAAUCACAUUGCAAAUGUUGUCGGGGCCUGCAACAAGCUUUGUUCUUUAGAGAAAGCUUUUGAUGCCUCUGUUUCUGGUCUUACUUAUAGUUUCCAGAGAUGGUUUAUUACUUUAAGAUCAAAGGUUGUUAAAACUGUUGCAGAUGUACUUAAAUUAUUGAGCAUGAAUUCUUUUUCACAAGAAGCCACCACAAGUACUAAACAAAUAGAGGUAAAGAUUUUGUUUCAGCACUUGGAAUCUUCGCAAGGACUCAGCUCUUUGUUGCAAUUGCUUGCCCACGCUUCUUCCCAGUUCAUGAGGCUAGUAAAUACCGGAUUAGCAUUUUAUUUUGCCAGUUCCAAUGCUAAACAAAACUGUAGUAUAUAUGGUCUUGAAACCUCAGAGGAUCAAGUUCGUACUCUGCUGGUUCAUGACUUAUUAAGGAGACUGGGGUAUAUAGACUUAGAAACCAGCAAAAAUCUGCGGCAGCUUUUGAAUUUCCGUCGAAGCUCUAGGAGUUGCUCAGUGCAAGAAUUCCAAAAUGAAUUAUCUACUACUCGUGUUGAAGCAAGAGAUGUUUCUAAGCUUUGUAGAUAUUCCGUUCAGAGAUUUCUUAGUUUGCAAGCAAGUACCGUACAUGACAAUACUGGUAUAUCCCGAGCUCCUCAUGAUGCUUUGCAAUUGAUGUUCAACAUUAUUUCCUCCUGGAUACAGAUCCCUUUCCGGACUCCGAAACACUUUUUCCAAUUCAGGUCCCCCAUUUCUGCUGAGCUUUUCAUAACAAAUGAAGAUGGUAAAAGGAUGGAUGAUAUAUCUGUCUUGUCAGGCUUUGAGAUCCCUCUAACUCUGUGCAUUCAACUAAGAAAUAUAUCUCCAGACCAGCUGUCUCAGGUGUCAAAAUUGUACUGCAUCCUUCACUCACGAACAUCCUUCCAAGUAUUUAGUGCAAACGGGGUUAAGAAAGUACCAGAGUCCAGCUGUCAAGCUUGGAAAAGUGAUCACAUGGUAGAACUUAAUGACAAGCUAUUGCACUUUACAACAGGUUCUACCAAGAGGGGUGGAUUACAUGCUAUGGAAAGUGCUGAAGGGAUUUAUGCCGUGGAUAAAGUUGUAUUUUUUUAUCCUAAUGAGAAAGGGCAAGGAUUUGCAGCCUGCUUGCUAGAUGUUUCAGCAUUUCCUGUGGGUUCUUACCAAAUCAAAUGGCACAGCUGUUGUAUAGACAAUAAUGGAACUUACUGGAGCCUUAUGCCCCUGAACACUGAUCAGUUCUUCACCGUACAUGAAUCUUCUAAUAUUGGUCCUGUUGUUAGGGUGCCAUAGACUGCAGUUCUUUAGUUAGAGCCAGAAAGAAGUUGUUAAUAGAUAUAUUUAUUGGCAGUUUAUUAUAAUAGAAGAGUGAGAUAAGAUACUGUUUGACAUGUCUGUUUAUUGGAAAUAUUAAUUCAACACUGAGGGCUCUUUGGACUUUUCACAAAUAUUAGCAACUCUACGUGUCUUGCAACGCUGCGUUCCAACAGCCACCACAUCCUUAUCCCUUGACCUUUGUUUAUUUGGACUUCCCAUUGAGAUCUGACAGUAAAAUCCUCUGCUCAAUUCAUC